AUGUCCGUGGCGCUCGACCAGUCGGCAGACGCCGAGUUCGUGCGCUUCGUCGCCCGCUUCUGCGGCGUCAACUUGAACGCAGCCGCCUCGGGACAGCUGCGGGUGCGCUUCGGCAACUCCAUGGAGCUGCGUGAGCCCACGACCAUCGCCAAGUACCUCACGCGCUUGGCCGAUCGCGAGCACGAACUGCUGGGCGAGACGCCUUUCGAGCGCGCCCAAGUGGCCAUGUGGCUGGACUUUGCGCGCAGAACUCAGCGCUGUGCGCCGUGCUCAGCUGCGUCCGUCUCGCUCUGGAAGGUGCUGGAGAGCGCUUUGCAGACGAAAACGUACCUCGUGGCCAACCGCGUGACGCUCGCGGACGCUGCGCUGUUCUACGUCCUACACGCGGCUAUGAGCAGCUUCCAGUCUGUCCAGCGAAAGCAGUUUGUCAGCCUCGUGCGCUGGUUCGACCAAGUGCAACACACGGCAGGCGUGCGCGGCUUUCGCAACCUCGAGGUCGUUCCUUUCGAGCACAAGCCCCUCGCGUUUACGACGUAG